GUAUGUUAAGAACCAUACGAGUUAAGUAAGUUGCGGGUUACGUUGUGUCACGCGUGUCUAAUAAAGUUAAGUAAAGCAGAGAAUGAUUAAUAUGAGUCAUUUGUAGAAUGUGAUGUCACCAUGUAGUUGCAUUUCACUUCAACUUCUAGCCUAGUUGUAUUGUUCUGUGUCUGAAGCUUAAGGUGAAGCUGUCAAAUAUGGAGUUCAGUGACGAGAAGAAUACACAGCAAAACAUUACAGAGGAUUCUAAUAAACACAUACAAAGCGAUGAGACAAAACAAGAAACAAGCAAAGACACUAUUUGCCGGCACUUCCUCUUGGGCAGAUGUCAUUUUGGAGACAGAUGUCGACUGUCUCACAGUACUCAAACCACACUGUCAGAGGACGAUGACAAAAUGGUUACAGAAAAGCAGGGUAUCAGCCCGAAAAAUAGGACAAAAAUUCAUACGGAUAAGAAAGAAAAGCACCAUAUGAGUAGAGAUAGAGAAGAGCGAAUGAAAAAGCCACGCAUGCGUACUGCAGAUGAUGUCAUCUCGAGAAUUAUAUGGGACCCCACAGCUGACCCAGCUGAUUUUAUAGUUGGUCAUCUGGAUCGUUUUCUUGGCGUGCUGGAACGCCCAUUCUCUGACUUCUCAUGGGAUACUCAAGUAUGCGACUGUGACUUCUCUGAGGAACUGGCUCUCCCACGUCAUAGGAUCCAAUAUUUUAGCUACAAAGGCCAGCGUGUGUGGGACAGAGAUAGUCGUACUGACAGGGUGUUCGGCUCCACAGGGCAAACCAUCGUGCCUCCUUUUACUAGUGAAAAUCAACAAGAAACAGCUGACCCUGGGCAACACGAAGAGACUACAAACGCAGCAGAUGUUUCAAAUGAUCUAGAGGAAACAACUUCUGAUUUUUCUAAAGAACAGGAUGAUGCAUCUACAUCAAACAAACAAGAGCUGGGAGAUGACGGAAAUGCUGAUGAUGAAGUCAGUGGAGACAGUGCACUUUUUGAAAAUGAAGACAAAAAGAUGGAGGUUGCUGAAAAUUCUUUGCCUCAUCUGGCAGAGGAGCUAUCCAUCACUCAGCAGGAAAACCCUAAAAUAGAGGAAGAAUGGAAAGACAGCUGGGAUGGAGAUAUGGUUGCAGAGUCAGUAUCAUCUAUACCACAAGAGCCGAGAUCAGCCCGUCAACCACGUAAACCCACCCACUUUAUCUGCUUUCGCGUUGACUCUCCCGCUGCUCUCCAGGCCUACCAUCGCGUUCAGAGGAAAGUUCUCUCUCACGUUCCCCAGUCAAUGGCGAUAUGGGUCGACCCUGCAACCUUGCACGUUACCCUUUCCUUGCUUGUCCUCAAGAGCCCUGAGGAGGUCAGUGCUGCCUCUGAACUCCUCCGUACCACAGUCAGAAACUCUCACAAAGCGCCUAUUUCUGUGUCCUUCACCCCAAAACUUAAGCAUUUUAAUGGGACUGUUCUACACAUAACCCCUCAGCCCAUCCCUGAUAUCCAGAGCCUGAAUACCCCUUUGCAGGAGGUAUUCAGGGAGAAGGGCUGGCUUCAUCGUCAUUCACGAAGCCCCUCGUACCAUCUUACCUUGGCCAAACCACAGGAGAAAAUGACAGAGAAGAUGUUUGAAGGAAUAGGGUCUGUGAAACUGGCCAAAGAUGUGAACUUUGGAAAGCUUGAAGUAAAUAAACUGUAUCUUUGUGUGAACGGUCAGCCUAAAACUGAAAGCGGUUUCUACCAAGCUGUAUGUGUUGUGCAGCUGCCAAAUGUGUAAACGUUCUUGUUUUUGUAGAAUCAAAACUCAGGGAUGGUGAUUACAACCACAUCAUAUAAGGAUUUAUUUUUAAUGAAGUUUAUUUAACAAAGUUUUAAAAGACCAUUAUAAUAUAAAUCUUCGUAUAAAUAGCUAUCCUUCACUAGUAUCAAUCCACUCCAUCACCUCGGCUGGUACCCAUCACAGUUAAGGAGGAGGGAGUACUCUGGGUUCAUGCCAAAUUCUGCGUUGCGCUGAAUAGGUUUUUUCAAAACAUGGCAGCUUAGCCUUUAAAAAAAUUCAUAUUUUCAAAGUCAAUAUAAUAGCUUCAUAGUUUUUUUAAACCAAUGUUUAUAACCAUUUUAGUGAGAGAAAGUAGGGACUGGUCCUUCUGUAACAUUUGACUGGAUUUUUAUAUUUAGUAAUUUCAUAGUAACUAAACAGCUUAGAUGUAAACACAACCUCUGUCAAAAAUUUUAUAAUGAUACUGGGCGAAUGCUCUUGGCACUUAUUAUACAUUCAUUAAACACUUUCACUUCAAAUACGCUUAAUUCCGGCCUCAGGCCAUUCAAAAACCGUUUUGUUGGCCAUAAUCUGUGUUUAACGGCACAGUGAUUUUUUCAGCAAGUCCUCAAAGUGCCCAGAAGUGUCAUAGGAUGAAAAAUGUUGCGCAGAAGUUAAGAGUUUUUUCUCUGUUAAAAGAGGUUUACCGAAUAUAUUAGGAUAAUGACUGAUUUUUUUAACCUUUUAACUGUAUUCAUAAAAAGAAUAGUGAAGUGUAGAUGUACUUAGAGGGUUUUGCCUCAAAAGACACCAAUAAAAUGACUAAAGUCAGAUUUGUAAAAAAUAAGGUGCAUUUUAAUUACUCCGUAAUAACCUUUUUCAUUGCUAUUAAAGUGAAAUUAAAUUACUAAACCUAAACACGAGCCUGUUAAAAAAAUGCUCAUUUACAAGAAAACAUGUCAGACGGACUUAAAUGGUUUUGCUUCAACUGUAAUCUUUAUGUUUAAUAAUUUAUUACUAAAUAUGGUUUAAUAAUAAAUGGUUCGUGGUUAAUGGUUUAUAUAUAUAAAGGUCCCAUUUUAAUGCAAAAACUAUAUUGAAUGCUCAGGUAAUAUUACUUGACAUCUUGCACACCUGAAUACAAUUCAGAUGAAUCUUAGAACUAUAGUACAAUGUGCACUUUCAAUUUUAUUUUUACAUCUCUAUACAAAUAAAAAAGUAUUUUUCCUUGAA